GAAAAACGUGACCACCGUAAUGUCUGCCAUCCGAUCGAUCUUGUCGCGAGUGAAGCCAACGCAUUAUGCUCUAUGUACUGGUGCGGUGCUAACGGCUGCAUUGAUCACGGAAUCAGAGCAUGCAUCCGAGAUCGCAAUGGUCAAGUCAAGCCUCCUCGCAUCACACGACGCUAGUCCCAAGACGUCUUUUGACGACGACACCGAGACAGAUGCCUUGCGGCUCAUGCAGACGCAGCCUAGUUUUCCCCACUUGUUAGUGCUACCUCCUCAAGACGAUCCAACUUGCGUCAUGAACAGAGUGCUUGGAGAUGGCACUCGAAUCGAUUUAGAUGUCCACGGCACCAUGUUACCCAUACCGCCACUGCAUUCGCUUCGUCAUGCAUGGGUUGGGAUUCUCCGGUGUCUUCGCUCCAUCCAAUACACUGUCGAGAGUGGCUUUAACGACGCCUCGUACCAGUCCAAGAUCCGAGCUCAUCAACGCACAGUCGUCACGACAGCCUUGCAGCAAGUUCGCGAGUUUGACGUUGCAGACAGCAUUUCGUUGUACAUUGCCGCCGACCGCGCCGCCCUUGUCCGUGCCUUGGACCCAACUGAACUGUCUCAGCUCCAUUUGUGGUUUCAAGGUCUUUGCAACAACCACCUCGCCCAUGUAGUGUGGACCACGUCCAUGGCCGACGUCGUGGGCGAAUUUGUGGUCGACCAGUCGCAGCACGACGUGUGCUUGCUCGUUCGUCCCCAGGGCGGCAGAUUCGAUAACAGGGAUGCCGCGGCCAAGCUGUCUGCCUUGAUGGCCACUUAUGGUCUGGAUGGUUCAGACGACGAUCGGCAACGUAUUCUCGACACUGUGGGCAAUUCAUGGGUCGAUUUAGACGCUCUCUGUGCCGCCAUUGCCAACGGUGCCUACGCUACGGAUCUCGUACAGCAAACUUGUGAUGGUUAUCAACGUGACGUGGCGCAGUCGUUGCGAACGUUCUUGCACUUGGACAACAACGCGUUGGACCAAGCCGACAAGGCGACUCAAGUUGACGCCGUGGAGAAAUGGCAAGUGUUCCAGCGGCUCUGUGGGCUCGGCUCGGACUUGCAGAUGCUAGCGGGGCCGCAAGCGCUCAUGAAGCGAGACAAACGCGUGGCUGUAAACGUUGGGGCUGUGUUGGAAUUGUUCAGUGGCGCAGCUGGCGACCGUAGGUUUUGGGAGAUGAUAGCUGCAGGAUGGAUGCAGUUGCAGCCCCAGUCCGACGUAGACAUCGGCGUCGUCCCGUGCGCGCCAGUCGAACUGUGUCGCGAAUGCCAUGUCGCGCUACGCCCCGUGGUGGAAGCUGCGUUUCGAUGCCUUUGGAUGGACGACGUGAUAUGGAAACAAAUGCAUGCAUUGCAGCACAAGAUCGACGUCGACUCGGUUGGGAUAUAUACUGUAUGUAGUGGAUGAUUCAUGUGAUAACCUGUCGUAGCUUCGUGCCCAAUUGACCGAGUACGAAGCCGACAUUGCGAUUGCUGCCGCUGAUUUAAACAGCAAGCGGCGGGCCGUUGAACAAGCGUGGGACGCCUUCACAGACGCUGAGAAAUCCCAGCACCAAGCCAAUCUCCACUUGGACGAAUUGAACUUGCAUUUGCAACGCGACCACGUCCAGCGACUUCGACUCGUCUAUCAAACACAAACCGAGUAUAAACCAUAGAACAUAUACAACACGUUCGGAAUUCAAUUGGUAUUUGUC